CGCCUCCAUUUUCCAGAUCUUUCUCGAACCCGCAGCUCCUCGGGCAGCCGUUGUCCGAGUACUGACGGAAGGGGCCGAAGUCUAGGCGGGGAGCAGCCUCGGGCGCGGAGAGGAGACUCGCGCACCUCCCUGGCUGCCGAGCGCGCAGGCGCAGACGAGUCCCAAUUCCUUGAGCAAGAGCUCAGAAGAGGACGCUGUUCCCGCACAAGAGGCUUCAGCACAAGCGCCCCGACGAUUAGGAGGCGGGAUGUCUGUGGUUGGCAUUGACCUCGGCUUUCUCAACUGCUACAUCGCUGUAGCAAGGAGUGGCGGCAUCGAGACCAUCGCCAAUGAGUACAGCGACAGGUGUACCCCGGCCUGUAUAUCUUUGGGAUCGAGAACUCGAGCCAUUGGAAAUGCAGCUAAGAGCCAGAUAGUCACGAAUGUAAGAAAUACAAUUCAUGGCUUCAAAAAGCUUCAUGGGCGAUCAUUUGAUGAUCCCAUUGUGCAAACUGAAAGGAUCAGGCUUCCUUAUGAGCUGCAGAAGAUGCCUAAUGGAAGUGCAGGAGUUAAGGUGCGGUACCUAGAAGAAGAGAGACCUUUUGCAAUUGAGCAAGUUACUGGAAUGCUGUUGGCCAAACUUAAAGAGACUUCAGAAAAUGCUUUGAAGAAACCAGUGGCUGACUGUGUGAUUUCAAUUCCUAGCUUUUUCACUGAUGCUGAGAGAAGAUCUGUGAUGGCUGCAGCCCAGGUUGCAGGUUUAAAUUGUUUAAGGUUGAUGAAUGAAACUACAGCAGUGGCACUAGCAUAUGGAAUUUAUAAACAGGAUCUUCCCCCAUUAGAUGAGAAACCAAGAAAUGUAAUAUUUAUUGAUAUGGGACAUUCUGCCUACCAGGUCUCGGUUUGUGCUUUUAACAAAGGAAAACUUAAAGUCUUGGCUACCACUUUUGAUCCAUAUUUGGGUGGCAGGAACUUUGAUGAGGCUUUAGUAGACUACUUCUGUGAGGAGUUCAAGACCAAAUAUAAGAUAAAUGUGAAAGAAAAUUCUCGGGCCUUAUUGCGCUUAUAUCAGGAAUGUGAAAAACUGAAGAAGCUAAUGAGUGCAAAUGCAUCAGAUCUUCCACUGAACAUUGAGUGUUUCAUGAAUGACCUUGAUGUGUCUAGUAAAAUGAACAGGGCUCAGUUUGAACAAUUAUGUGCUUCCCUCUUCACCAGGGUUGAGCCACCAUUAAAAGCAGUAAUGGAACAAGCUAACUUGCAACGUGAGGACAUAAGUAGUAUAGAAAUUGUAGGGGGAGCAACACGAAUUCCUGCCGUGAAAGAACAAAUCACUAAGUUCUUUCUUAAAGACAUAAGUACCACGUUAAAUGCUGAUGAAGCUGUUGCCAGAGGAUGUGCAUUACAGUGUGCGAUUCUCUCACCAGCAUUUAAAGUGCGUGAAUUUUCUAUAACAGACCUUGUUCCCUAUUCAAUCACAUUAAGAUGGAAGACCUCUUUUGAAGAUGGAACUGGGGAAUGUGAAGUAUUUUGUAAGAACCAUCCUGCUCCAUUCUCAAAAGUCAUUACUUUCCACAAGAAGGAACCAUUUGAACUAGAAGCAUUUUAUACUAAUUUACAUGAAGUGCCUUAUCCUGAUCCAAGAAUUGGGAGCUUCACUAUUCAGAAUGUCUUUCCGCAGUCUGAUGGUGAUAGUUCCAAAGUGAAGGUUAAAGUUCGUGUUAACAUCCAUGGAAUCUUCAGUGUGGCCAGUGCAUCAGUAAUUGAGAAGCAAAAUGUAGACGGGGAUCACAGUGAUGCUCCUAUGGAGACAGAAACUUCAUUUAAGAAUGAAAGCAAAGAUGAUGUGGAUAAAAUGCAAGUUGACCAAGAAGAAGGAGGGCAUCAAAAAUGUCAUGCUGAACACACCCCAGAAGAGGAAAUUGAUCAUACAGGAACCAAAACAAAGUCAGCUUCCUCAGACAAACAAGACCGAUUAAACCAGACCAUUAAAAAAGGAAAAGUCAAGAGUAUUGAUCUGCCUAUUCAGAGUAGCCUGUGUAGACAAUUGGGCCAAGAUCUUCUCAACAGCUACAUUGAAAAUGAGGGGAAGAUGAUAAUGCAAGAUAAAUUAGAGAAAGAAAGAAAUGAUGCUAAGAAUGCUGUUGAAGAAUAUGUAUAUGAUUUUAGAGACAAGCUGGGCACAGUCUAUGAAAAAUUCAUCACUCAAGAAGACUUGAAUAAACUGUCUACAAUAUUGGAAGAUACAGAAAAUUGGCUUUAUGAAGAAGGAGAGGACCAACCUAAACAAAUUUAUGUGGAUAAGCUUCAAGAACUAAAGAAAUAUGGCCAGCCUAUUCAGAUGAGGUACAUGGAACAUGAAGAGAGACCAAAAGCUUUAAACGACUUGGGAAAAAAGAUUCAACUUGUCAUGAAAGUGAUAGAAGCAUACAGAAACAAGGAUGAAAGAUAUGAUCAUUUAGAUCCAGCUGAAGUGGAAAAAGUUGAAAAAUAUAUCAGUGAAGCCAUGAAUUGGCUGAACAGUAAGAUGAAUGCACAGAACAAACUAAGUCUCACUCAAGAUCCUGUGGUGAAAGUCUCCGAAAUAGUUGCAAAGUCAAAGGAACUGGAUAAUUUUUGUAACCCCAUCAUUUACAAGCCCAAACCAAAAGUAGAGGUUGCUGAAGACAAAACAAAAGCUAACAGUGAACACAAUGGACCAACGGAUGGACAGAGUGGGACUGAAACUAAACCAGAUAUGACAAAAGACAGCUCCCAGCAUCCUAAAUCUUCUGGAGAGAUGGAAGUGGACUAAGUCUUAAUUUUACCUUCACAUAAUUCAGACAGUGCAAGCAAUCACCAAGGUCCAUUCUUCCUUUUACAUGUGGUACACACAACAUACGUUCAGUUCUUAACCACGUUUUGUCAUUUGUUUUUUGGAGUAGUUUUGAAAAGUGUUUUAUAUUGAGUGCACUUCUGUUCAUUUCCAUUGCUGCUUAUGUGAAGCUUUAGCUGAGAAUAGAUUUAUAAGUCAGUUUAAGGUUUAUAGGUAUAUAGGUUAUAUCAAAUAUGCGAGACUGAUAUAUAGUUGGCAACAAUCUACCUUAUUUAAAGCUUCUACUUGGAUAAACCUCAGCUCCUGUAUUUAGGAGAGGAUACUGUUUUGCACUAUUGCAGAAGCAUAGAUUUAAUUGCAUCAUCAUUUUGAAAAACAUUGAAAUUGAUGUGGUUUAAAGCCACCGAGGCACUGACUUUUUUCUAGUUAUUGUAGUUAUAAUUUAAAUAUUAAAACAGAUAAUCUUAUUGGUGUGCCAUGAGAACUCCAAAGUGCUGUCAUCACAUAAAUGAACUAAAUCACAUGUUGAAAGGGAAAACACACAAUUUUUAUGUUAAGGUGACACCAGCAGUUUGCAUCUUUUAUUAGUAAUGUGGAUUGAUGUUUCCUCAAGAGUAAUUCAGUGUCAUUUUCACUUGAAACUUCUGAUCUAUUUGUCCUGAAGACCAGCUGCUGCUAACAUAAUACUAGCCUAAAGAUGAGGCAUUUAUGAUGAAAAUACCUUCAUGUUAAGGGGCAAAUGCUAUUGACUGACUCAGAUGUUCAUGUGUGAUGUUGAUAGCCUUGUUUCAGUUUUAAUAGUUGUUUUGUUUUUCUUAAUUGACUUUAAUAUCUGAACACAGGGUUGGGAGAAAUGGCACAAUGUACUGCAUUAUAUACAUUUAUCACUGAUUUACAUAAUGUUAAGAAAUAAACACUUAAAUAAGCGGUAAUACUUGAAAAGAAGUACUUAUACCGUAAGUCUUAGGAAAUAAUGCUUGUAAUAAACUUAACUAUGUUACACAUAUCAACAGGCAUAGAAUGUUACAUAAGUGUAAUAUGAUAUGAUGUGAUUAAAUUAUAGUUCCUGCUGUUA